AGGCGUGUGUGUACUAUGGGGUCCUGUAGUAAAAUGCCCAGAGGGCAAGCAGGAAUCAUGGGGUGAGGCUAAUGUCAGAGCGGCAUCAAAGACCCUUAACUGGAUACGUACGUUAACCCACUCUGAAAUCUAGGGCAUGUUGACUCCUGCGUCCCUCUCGUUCAGUUUUUCCACUCCGACUGUUGCCUGUAUUUGCAUAGCCAGGCGGAAAAGAAAGCUCAACGAAUGUGCUUACCCAUCCGAGAAGGAAGAACAAGCUCCAUGGAGUCCCCUAACCUGGAGUUUGAGUAUGGGGACACAGACAGCCUGACCACUGAACUCUCAGAGAUAUACAGUUACACGGAGGAGCCCGAGUUCGCCCUCAACAGGGACUACUUUGAGGAGGAUUUCAGGAGCCAUGUGCGGGGGAGGAGGUGGAUUGAGCUGGGUCAGGAGCAGCAGAAGUCCUAUGUGAUGAGACUACUAGAUGCUCUGGAGGUCACUGACCGGGACAAGAGGCUGAAGGUGGCCCGGGCCAUCCUCUACCUGGCACAGGGGGUGUUUGACGAGUGUGACACGGACGCGGACGUGAUCCACUGGUCUCGCCACAACGUGUUCCUGCUGUAUGACAUGGGCAUCUUCACCGCUCUCCUGGAGCUGCUGAGCAUGGAGAUGGAUAACAACCAAGCCUGCAGCAGCGCAGUGAGGAAACCUGCUAUCUCUCUGGCGGACAGCACAGAACUCAGGGUCUUGCUAAGCAUCAUGUACCUGAUGGUGGAGACCAUCCGUCUGCAGACAGAGGAUGACAGGCCAGAGUGGAGAACUGCCAGAGAGGCCUUCAAGACUGAACUGGGUUCUCCUCUGUACAACGGAGAGCCAUUUGCCCUGCUGCUCUUCACCAUGGUGACCAAGUUCUGCAGUAUGAACGCUCCACACUUUCCCAUAAAGAAGGUCCUGCUGCUGCUCUGGAAGACCAUCCUGUUCACCAUGGGGGGCUUUGAGGAGCUCCAGGAGAUGAAGGUUCGAGGCAGAGAGAGGCUGAGCCUGCCCCCCCUGCCUGAGGACAGCAUCAAGGUGGUCCGGAGCAUGAGGGCAGCCUCUCCUCCAGCCUCGGCAAUGGAGCUCAUCGAGCAGCAACAGCAGGCCAAGAGAGGACGCCGCAGCCGCAGGAGUGCCUUUGUUGAUAGCUUGGAAGGAGACAGUCCCUUUCCCAAGAAGCAGCCCCUGGUAAAGCAGGACAGCCUAGACACGUACAACGAGCGAGACCCCUUUAAGAACGACGACGCACGAGACGAGGAGGAGGACGGCGAGGAAGCCGACAGUGGCAUCGAGGGCGAGGUGGACCCCCUGGACAGUGAUGUCAUCAUCCAGCCACCACCCCCACCGCCCCCGCUCAGACCCCCCACUGAGAGAGCGUCCCUACCCAAGGGUCUGCCCUGGGCCCCCAAAGUCAGAGAGAAAGACAUCGAGCACUUCUUGGAAACCAGCAGGAACAAGUUCAUCGGCUUCACUCUGGGAAAUGACACAGAGACACUAGUCGGUCUUCCUAGACCCAUACACGAGAGUGUGAAGACCCUUAAACAGCACAAAUAUGUCUCUAUAGCCGAGAUGCAGAUCAAGAGGGAAGAGGAGCUUCAACAGUGCCCCAUGACCCUGGGAGAAGAGGAUGUGGAUGAGACACCCACAGAGAUCGUGUAUCUGGGAAUGCUUCCUAACCUGUCUCAGUAUGUGAUUGCCCUUCUGAAGCUGCUGCUGGCUGCAGCACCUACCUCCAAGGCCAAGACGGACUCCAUCAAUAUACUGGCUGAUGUGCUGCCAGAGGAGAUGCCAAUCACGGUCCUCCAGAGCAUGAAGCUGGGUAUUGACGUGAACAGACACAAGGAGAUCAUUGUCAAGGCCAUCUCUGCACUUCUGCUCCUGCUGCUCAAGCACCUGAAACUCAAUCACAUCUACCAAUUUGAGAUUGUCUCUCAACACCUGGUGUUUGCUAACUGCAUCCCACUCAUCCUCAAGUUCUUCAACCAGAACAUCCUGUCUUACAUCAGUGCCAAAAACAGUAUAUGUGUGCUGGACUUCCCUCACUGUGUGGUCCACGAGAUGCCUGAGCUCACGGCUGAGAGCUUGGAAGCUGGAGACCGUAAUCAGUUCUGCUGGCGUAAUCUCUUCUCCUGCAUCAACCUGCUGAGGAUCCUCAACAAGCUGACUAAGUGGAAACACUCCAGGACCAUGAUGCUGGUGGUGUUCAAGUCUGCUCCCAUCCUGAAGAGGGCGCUGAAGGUCAAACAGGCCAUGAUGCAGCUGUAUGUCCUCAAGCUGCUCAAGAUCCAGACCAAGUACCUGGGCCGCCAGUGGAGGAAGAGCAACAUGAAGACCAUGUCAGCCAUCUACCAGAAAGUACGACACAGGCUCAAUGACGACUGGGCCUAUGGCAACGAUAUCGACGCGCGGCCGUGGGACUUCCAGGCGGAGGAGUGCGCCCUGAGGGAGAGCAUCGAGAAGUUCAACAGCCGUCGCUACGACAAGAACCAGAACGGCGAGUUCGCCCCGGUGGACAACUGCCUGCAAAGCGUUCUGGGCCAGCGUGUUGAGCUGCCGGAGGACUUCCACUACAGCUAUGAAAUGUGGUUGGAGAGAGAGGUGUUUUCACAGCCUAUCCAAUGGGAGGGUCUACUACAACAGGCCCGGUGAAGGGGGAGGACACGCAUACCAGGGACACAAGCCUACGACUACUGUGAUCUUCAUGUAAAUAUGUGGCAGAAAUAGAACAUCUGUUUUGUAAUCACCUGUAUCCAUGCAGAAAUUGUACAGUAACGGUAUAGACAGUAAUAAUGAUGUCAUGGCAACUUGGCAGGAACAGUCUCUUACAGUACAACUAUGUGGAAUACUGUGAUUAUUAUGUUAGUCACGACAACCAAUCCAACCACUAUGUCCACUAUAACUAUAACCACCAGUACAUUUUUCCUCACUCAAUUUGGUUCGCCUCUGUGCUUUGUGGAAUAAUGAAUUUUAUAUCCAUGGCAUGUCCUCUUUUUUUUAUUUAUGAAGAUGUACAUUUGAAGUACUGGCACUAUGUUUAGUUUAUGUUGUAAUGUUUUACAUGUGUAUUUAUUCAUGAUCGCAGCCAUUAUGUUUCCGUAUGUAAAUCUCAUAGCUGCAGAUGAUAUUGUGCUUGAUAUUUCUAGAAAGAAAAUGCCUAUUUGUAAAGAAAGUACUGUGUAUUAACAGGCGAAUGAUUAAGUACCUUACUGUGAUUGUUUUCAAUUAAAAUAGCAAAGGGGAAUUUCUCAAGCAAGAAUUUAGCCAGGACUGUCUGGAGUUGGUCUGAGUAGAGAGGGGGAAAAUUAGCUGUUAUUGGUAGACAGGUUUUGAACUAAUUUACCCCGCCUGUGGAUGUCACCAGGCAGACCAAAUCUCCAUCCUACCAAAACAGGAAGAAACAGCUGUUACAUUUAAAGGGCAUUAUCAUAAUUUUCACAAUUUCACAGUAUUAUUCCAACCUCCGUGUGGAAAUGUAUAUAAAACACAGGAAAAUCACGUUUUUGGGAGAAUUUAACAUUUCCCCUUUCUAGAUGAAUAGUAUUUUAAUUUGUGUAAUCACAAACAGAUAUUCCUGUAAGUCAUUGAUCAUCAACUAGAUUCAGCUGCGGGAUGAUUUUUUUAAAACUUCUUCAGCGGAUGGUCAGGGUGCCGAAACAUAAUUACAAAUCAUUUGUAGACAUAAAAAAAAACACAGUAUUUUACAAAGAUAAUAAAUGUGCUUACAUUUGUACAAGAUCAUAUCUCUCUAUUAUGCGUGGGAAUACUUGGCAAACAGAUUUCCAAAAUGAAGUCACUUGGACCUGAUUUCCUGGUGUUUUUCAUGUCUAACAAUGAGAAAAAAUAAGAACUUGGAGGGGCAAAUAAAAUCUCCCGCUGUCCAAAUUCAGCCCACGGCCAGCCAGUGGGGGAACCCUGCUGUUAGUAGUAUGUGGUAGUUCAUUUAUGUUUAUAAAGGUCUGUGAAGCCUUAUGCCAGAUAGAGAGAAAAUAAAGGAUAAGGACACAGGCAAACCUUUUGAGGCUAAGCUGAAGGGUUUGACCAGGGAUUUGGAGGCUUGAGGGGGUUCAUCGGCCCAGCGUGGGGAGGCCGUCUCUGGGUAAAUCGAUGGCAGUGUCCCUGACUCCCUCUGGGACCCUGAGAAGUCCUGUGUGCUUCACUCUCUGUCCUCCCAAAUGUGUCAUGGCUGUCUUGGUUUAGCCCUCAGUCCACCUCCCAACUUCCACAGAGCAGCACGGCAGCCAACCUUGACUGAAGCACAACGACUGAAGGGCUACAAGUGUCCUUGUGAGGCUAUGCUCUCCCUAGUUGUCACACAAUGUUGUUGAUUUUUAUGAGAUCUGUUGUCUUGUCAAUUUAUUUCACUGUGAAGUAGAACUACCCUGGGCUGUAAAGGCCAGUACAUAUUCUCUGGUGAGUGUUCUGUGACUUUCUCUCAAGAAUAUGGAACAUUCUCUGAUGACACAAGCACAUAAGACAUGAUCAUGGUCACUUUUUCCUACUAUCUAGUGUAGACUUUAGAGAGAGAGAGAGAAUUUGUGUAGGCGGUGGAGAUGUACUUGGUUGUAUUAUCUUUGUAUUGAACAAUGAUUGUGUAACUGAAUUGUGCUUCUUCGAGGAAACUAUGUCCGCAUGGCUGCAGUUUUAUCUUUCUGUUUGAAUGUGUCCUAUUUAAAAGUGUAUUCUGAAAUUUGAUACAAUAUUUCAAAAUGUGACUUGUUAAAAUUCUGUUUUUAGAACACAUAUUCAAAAUGUACUCACUCAUCAUUUGGUAUAUGUAGGGUGUUUUGGUAAAUGCACCUACAUUAUUGUCUAUUGAGUCAGCACAAUCUGGAGUAUGUCUCAAACGUCAUGUCAAGUUUGUCCCACACAGGUGAAGAGAAAGUCAUUUGACCUUUUUAGUUCUGGGUUUUCUUGAAUGCAAAAUAUAUAUUUUUUAAAUAACUGCUUAUCUUGAGGUUCUCAGGUUUUCAGUAUGUACAACCUGAACUUUAGAAUUAUUGUACAACUAUGGCUUCCUCCUCACUACCUAUACAGUAUGUAAGUAUGAAUGCAACUGGUGGACUUGCAAUAACAUGGUAAUAACAAUCUAAGCAUUGAAAAGUAGUCUACACUUGGAUUGGCACAAACAGUAACCCAACACAAUGUUGAUAAUUUCUUUACACUUUUUUUCAGAAACCCUAACCUCAUGUGACAAAGUAAUGAGUGGCAGUUUUGAUUAGGAAUGAAUGCUUUACUCAGAGCACCUCUCAUUCAAAACAACGCAAUAUCUCUUUUUCUACCUGAUAUUGUACAAUCACUGGAAAUACUUUACAGUACAUGUAUGUAUGCAUGUUUGUUGAGUUCUGGCACAGUUGGAGGAAGUGUUCCUAGAUGUGUUUUGCAGUGUUUGGAUAUUUCUAUUUGUGUUUUUGUCAUACUUUUAUAGUUGACUGUAAUAAUAAUAUUGAUUUUGUUCAGGGGUAUGUACAAUCACUGUCCUGUACAGAGGCAUUAUUCUGUUGAAAGACAUAUCAGAGUUGAAACUUGUAAAAUAAUUCUGUCCUUCAUAUUCUGUAUUUUCUAAAUAAAGAGAUCACUGGUUUUAAUUUGUAUACAUUUAUUAUGGAUAAUGUUUAUGAAGUCUACACUCUAGACUCCAGCCCUUUUUUUACAACCUAUUCAGGAUAGUAUUGUCUGACUUAUGUGCAUUCCACACAAGGUUUCCGUGGAGAUCAGGUAGUGUGAGAAUACGUGAUGAUUUCUUUUUUAAUUUUUUUUAUCCCAAACUUAAAAAGGUUAGCAAAAUUGUCCCCUCCCCCACUUGGUAUAGGUCUACUUAUUGAUUGUGAAUAAGGAAUGGUGUUUUGGUAAUUUAACAUUCAUGAUGCCAGGAGAUAAUCAGAAGAUUACCAUGGUGAUGAAAACAAAUGAUUUGUGGGAGACAAAGGACUUGAUACAACUAACGUCAUGCCCAGCAGCACAGAGGUGGGGGACAACCUUUUAAAAGUGGCUGCCUAUUCAAACACCAAGAACAAGCCUUGUGUCUACAACCACAGGAUACAAACACAUUGGGUUUCAUCUCUGCCGGACUUUUACGCCGAAAGGUUGGUAAGGGUAACUAUUUCUAUUAUAAUUCUAGGUUAUUUCAAUACUUGUGUGUGAUUUCAUUUGACAUAAAAAUAGCUUUCACUUGUUCACAAAAAACUGCAACGUAAGGUUUGGGAUGUGGGUACGCAUCCUGUACUUGAAAAGUAAAAGUAACCUAUUUGUGUGAUGUCUCUGAUGUUUCCAGGUUUCUUCGUUGACACAUUUUCAGAGAACGAACAAUCUCACAAAUUAUGCAGGAGAGGAAUGUCCACACAAUAGUGCAGUAACUUUGAUGCAGUUGUUGCAUACAUUGAUCACUGGUCAAGGGUGCAGUGUAAAGCAAGUAGCAUACAUUACUAAAACAUACUGCUUCACAUGAACUUGUCCAUGUUAUCUAUAGUGAUUAUCAAAUGGUUGGUCCACAGCCUACACAAUCAAGAAAGAAAAAAACUGAAUCUAGAAAGUGGCAGGCCUGACAAAAAGGCUGAGACUAGGUCAUCCAAGAAGAGAUCAGUCAGUGCCAAAGACACCAAGUUAGAAGUGGACAUUCUCAGUCCAGCAGCCAUGCAGAAUGUUUACUACAUUUCACACAAUGCAGUUGACUGGAGUUCCGAGGCUUUGGAUGGCCUGAGUCAACAAAAAAUAAAAUAGGAGGAAUGAAGAGCAAGAAAACAAAAAGGGAUUCUACCAUAAACCUUGCCAAGACCAAAACAAACAUAGUUUAGUACGGGCUCUAUUCUAUCCGCAUGGCGGAAAUCCAGCUUUACAGCGCGACAUAAAUGUAAAGGCAAUCAGUGGAGGCUGCUGGGGAGAGGGCAGCUCAUAGUAAGGAAUGGAACGUUUUAACACCAUUCCAGCCAGUAUGAGCCCUAAGCAGUCUCCACUGGUCCCGAUUUAGCAGACUGCAUUCAUGCUAAACGCUGCUUAUUUUGGCUAAAUGGGAAAUUAGCUUUACGUUGCAGAAUCUGUAACACUUCAGUUUAACAGAUUGAAUAGAGUCCCAAUUAUAAUGUAGAUUUUAGUUGCUCUAUUCUGUUCAAAUUUAAAAUAUCAUUUUGGUGACAUCUGGUGGAUUGGUUGUGAUUUACAGAGAAGAGGGGAACAAAAACAUGGAACUAUGUUGACCUCUGCUGGCAUAUCAUACCCAGAUGCUCUCAAGAAAAACAUAGCUGUGACGCGGGUGAAGAAUGCUUCUCUGGAUAAUGGAGGUUAAGAAUAAACAUGGCAAGUUAUAAUAACUGCCCUACAAAAUAGGGCCUCACGUGUGGCGCAGAGGUCUAAGGCACUGUUAGCUGUGCCACUAGAGAACCUAGUUUGUCACCGGGAGAACAAUUGUGCGGAGUCCGGGUUAGGGGAGGGUUUGGCCGGCAGGGAUGUUACUGUCCUAUCGCGUAACUAGCAACUCCUGUGGCAGGCCGCUAAGCACGCUAACACGGAUGCCGAGUGUACGUACGGUGCUUCCUCCAACACAUUGAUGCGGCUGGCUUCUGGGUUAAGCGGGCGUUGUGUCAAGAAGCGGUGCGGCUUGUUUGGGUUGUUUCAGAGGACGCAGGGCUCUCGGACCUUCGCCUCUCCCGAGUCCGUACGGGAGUUGCAGCGAUGGGACAGGACGGUAAACUACCAAUUGAAUACUAUGAAAUUUGGAAGAAAAAAGGGGAAAAAAAGGCCCUACAAAAUACAUUUUACUGGAUGGUGAUGAAGUAUUGAGUUAGUGUUAUCAAGCAAGGGACCUAUCUUAUGUGAUGUAACACCUUUCAAUUUGACACAGAACCAACAUCAGCAAAUGUAUUAAUGCAGGUUUAACAGAUUUAGGCACAUCUGAAUUAGGUCUACGAUGUUAGAGAACAGCACUUAGCUUAGAAUAGACGCCAAACAAUGCAAUUUACACGAGUGACUCAUUCUCAAUUCCAUAACACCCACAGAAAUAAAAUCCAUAGAACAGGCCUCCCAGUUUAAUUCUAGAUAACAUCACUCAAAAGCAGUAACUGCACUGUUUAGUUGGCAAAAAU